ACUCACUCUAUGAGAAUUCGGUCAAGCCCUUCUUCCUUUGCCUCAAGAGUGUUCCCCUCCCUUUCAAACAACUUCGCCAGACCCCACGUUGCUCUUCCUUUGAAUACUGGGCCCAGCAAUCGUCACCAGGGAUUUCGAGUAGGCAUCAUGUUACACGCCGCGAAAGAGAAAGGGGACUCCCACCCCGACACAUCAAAUCCAUCAUCGUCAAAACGCAUCUUCGCACCCACCGGUGGAUCUAACGACCCAGGCCACGCCACGCAGUACAAACUCGGCGCCCUGGAAAGAGAACAUCUCGACCCUUCCCCAACAGCACAGUUCCACAAGUGGUUUCAAGAAGCUACAGCCGCCAAAGUCUACCAGCCCGAAACCGUCACGCUGGCCACUGCAUCGCUCCCGGAUGGGAAGCCGUCUGCACGCAUGGUCUUUAUGAAGGAGCUGGACGAUCGCGGCUUUGUCAUCUACUCGAAUUGGGAAACGAGUCGUAAGAGCAGAGACGUUGCGUCGAACCCGCAGGCUGCGCUGACGUUCUGGUGGAGAGAGGUGGAGAGGCAGGUCAGGGUAGAGGGGAGAGUGGAGAGGUUGACGGAUCAGGAAAGUCAGGUCUAUUACGAUACGAGGAUUAGAGGCUCACGGAUUGGCGCGUGGGCGAGUCCGCAGAGUCAGGUGCUCAAAAGUAGGGAGGAAUUGGUGAAGAGGGUCGAGGACGUCGAGAAGCGGUUUGAGGGCAAAGAUGAAAUUCCCGUGCCCGGGUUCUGGGGGGGCAUCAGAGUUAUUCCAGAGACUGUCGAGUUUUGGCAGGGUAGAGAGAGUAGGCUGCAUGAUCGAUUUGUGUAUACAAAGAGUGGAGAGGGCUGGGAGAUUGAUAGUAUCUUCCAGUAUCAACACAUCCAACAACCAUCACAAAGUAUCAUGUCGUUCGGUGUAAUCGUUUCCGGACGACCCGUCCUGGCAGAUGCGCAGGUCAUGUCGGAAACCCAAUUUGCAUUCCAAAUCCCAUCAACACCAUCAUUUUCGCACAUUGUGGUUUUCUUGUUACCAGGCGUGGCUCUUCCGGAUGGUACAGCAGCAGCCGUCUACGCGCAGCUUCCAAAUACAACCGAGUUCAAGCUGCUCGGUGCCAUCGCAAACGAGAAACCAAGUGCGAUAUUCAAGAUCAACAACAAAGCAGGCGGACCAGCGGGAGGAGGCUUGGGCGAUGACAAUGCCAUGACCGACGAAGAUAGCGCUCUACCCUCGACCAAUGGAAUGCUGCCGCCGCUGGCACUGGGAAUCUCGGUGGAGCCCGCUGCUCAAGUCGCGGCGAAUCUGGAACAGAAGAAAGCACAGGAUGCUCUGGCGGCAGCUGCAACCCCUGGAAACGCACUUGUACUCCGAGGUCAGAACGCAGUUGACACCAAGGUCUUGGCCCAGAGAAUCAUCAAGAACUGUUACGACUUCUUGACAAGCUGGGGUACUGGAGACCAAGUGCCUUUGAAGGCGUUCCAAGCGUGGUGGACUAAAUUCGAAUCCAAGAUCGAGCACGAUCCGAAAUUUCUGGAGCGAAGCGAUGGUGGAUGAACAUCAGCAUGAAAAUGGAU